UCAAUCAGAAUUCAGAAGCAGGAUAUAAGAUAGGAAAAAUAAAUAAAUAAAUAAAUAAUGUGUGGUAGGUAAAUAAAGAGCCUUUUGCAGUCACCAUCAUCACCAGCUAAACUACUGUACAUAAAUAAUACAAGAUGAAUUGAGUUGAAGAAAACAAAGAGAAACCCAAAAAAAAAAAAAGAAGUCAGCUUGCCAAAAUGGACACGCUUCUCUGCGACGAGCUUGUCCAAGAAAUCUUCAACCGCCUUCCGCCACCGUCAACCCCCGCCGUCUCCCUAGUCUGUAAGCGGUGGCGCCGCCUCCUCCGAUCAUCCACCACCUCUCUCUCCCUCCACUUCCCACCUCCCUACAACCCAACCACCAUCACUUCUUUUUCCACCUUUCUCACACAUCACCCAUAUCUCUCCUCUCUCUCUCUAGCCGGCGGCGCCGCCGAAGACCCUCUCAUCGCCGCCGCAUCUUCCUGCCCCAACCUCCGCCGCCUCCGCUUCUGGGGAACCCCAAUUACUCCGUCUUCACUCCACACCCUCUCAGGUUACUGUAUUCAUCUCUCUUCUAUUGCUAUUUCUAUUUCCAGACCCCUUUCUUUCAACAAUUGGCUGCCUUAUUUCACCUCGUUGAAAUCUCUUUCCAUUUUUAUCACAAACUCCUACACAGAAACUAAUCAUAAUAAUAAUUCCGAAGUCAAAGAUUCAAUCUUUGAUCACAUGGGGUUAAGUUUAGAGAGUCUUUCCCUGUGUGGAAUUUUACCCGGUGAUUAUGAACUUAGUUUCCUAUGGAAUAACUGUAAGAAAAUCAAGAAACUGCAGUUCAAAAGCUGCGAAAGUGUCGGAGACUACUCGUCGUUUUCGUCGUUCCUCAAGUCCUUAAAAGAUCUUCAAGAACUCGAGUUAAGAACUUGCAGGAGUAUAGUUGAUGUGAUAUUGUUGAAAUUGGCCGAGACGUGUGUUUCUAUGGAGUCUUUAUUGAUUUACGAUGGUGGCAGCAGAGAGGGUUUGCUCCAAUUCAUAAAUCGAAGCAAGUGUAGAUUAAAAAGGCUCGACGUGAGGUUGCCUCUCGAUCUCAAUAACGCUCACAUGCUCGCCUUAUCCGAGAAUUUGAAUUUUAGUGGUUUGGCGUGUUUAAGGUUGCAAAGUUGUUGUCUUGUUACCGGUGAGGGAUUAAGAUCUCUUGGGAGAACAAUCGCUAAUGGUUUGGACGAGCUUUCGUUGAUUAACUGCGACGUUGUGGAGAGAGAGUCCGGUUUGUUGACCUCUUUAGGGCAGAUUUUGAAGAGGUUGAGGAAAUUGGACUUGUCUUAUAAUCAUACGUUGCUUGAUAAGGAGCUUGUGUCUAUGCUCGCCUCGUGUAAUAACUUGGUUGAGCUGAAAUUGAGAGGUUGUAAUAGGUUGACUAAAACGACUUUGAGCUCGUUGGUUAGAAGCUGUAAGCAGCUGCAGUUUCUUGAUAUAAUGUACUGCUCUCGUAUUGAAGUUGAAGCGGUUGAGUGGUUUUUGCUAAAUUCACCGCCGUUGAGGAGGUUGGAGGUGGAGCAAAGUAAGCUUUCUGAAGGUGCCGUGAAACGGGCUUCGAGUAAAUUUAUCGAGAUUGUGUCUUGAUUCUUGAUCGAUGAUGAUGUGGCUGUUGAAACACUGUGGGAGAGUUGUUGUGAGGUGAAGGUACACCUUUCUGAUUUAUAUGGCCUUAUAUUUACUGUGAUUAUAAUUUUUUAUGCGUAUAUGUUGUGAAAUUUGAAUAAGGAAAUUUGUUUUCCGCCCUCGAAAAAUAAUUGUAGAUAACACAAUGAUCUUAUAUAAGUUGUUCGUUCGUGUAAUUAACUACGAGUA